CAACUACAGACCAGAAAUUCCCCUGUCAGCGUCCAGUGUGGAGAGGACACCAUGGAGGUCAGUGUCCAAAGGGAUUUGUAUGGAAAUGGAAAGCUAGUAAAACCUUCCGAUCUGAGCCUGGGAGCCCAAGGAUGCAAACCAAGCACCCAAAGUACUGACAACAUGGUCAUCUUCCAGAUUAGCCUCCAGGACUGUGGCAACACUGCGCAGAUGUCUCAAGAUUGGGUGGUCUACACUACCAGCCUGACCUACAGCCCAACCUCCUCCAUUCCAAUCGUCAGAACCAACCCAGCUGUGGUCCCCAUAAUGUGCUACUACUAUCGGCAUGGUAAUGUGAGCAGCAAGGCCAUUAAGCCAACAUGGCUUCCAUUCAGCACCACAGUGUCCUCAGAAGAGAGGCUGUCCUUUUCUUUGCACUUGAUGGCUGAGGACUGGAGCGGCCCUAGAAGUUCUUCGGUCUUUCAGUUGGGAGAUAUUCUCUACAUAGAGGCCUCUGUGGACACUCAGAACCAUAUUGGCCUGAUCCUGUUUAUUGACCGAUGUGUGGCCACCAUAUCUCCUGAUGCCAGCUCUUCUCCUAAUUAUGACAUCAUUACAGACCAUGGGUGUCUGGUAGAUGGAAUGCAAGAGGACUCCUCUGCAGCCUUUAUGACUCCAAGGGUCAAACCAGACCACCUACGGUUCACAGUAGAUGUCUUCCGAUUCCUAGGAAAUGAUGCGUCUCUGAUCUACAUAACCUGUUACCUGAGAGCUGCUGCAGCCACCCAGGUCCCAGAUUCUAUGAACAAGGCCUGUUCCUAUAGCAAAGCCACAAAUGGCUGGUCUGCAGUUGAGGGCCCCAGCAAUAUCUGCCAGUGUUGUCAGACAACGGGUACCUGCAGCAACCCUAAUCUGAUGGCAGGAGGAAGGACCAGAUUUGGAAGGCCGAGAGCAUUUGGCAAGAGGGAAGCCUUGGAUGCUGUGCCCAUUAUGAGAGGCACUGCCUGUAACGUCCUGUCGGCAUUCUGCAGCCCUGGCCACUGGGCAGAGAAAGCUGCUUUUGCUGCCAAGUGCCGAGAAGCCCGAUUUCUGAAGCAGGCACUGUCAAAGCCAGCCAAGGAGCUUCUCCUUGGCCGCUGCAGCAACAGAGCAGCCGAGAGGGGAAAAAUUAAACGUGUGAUCACGGCGGCGGCGGGGGCCUUUUUUAAGGCAUCAACAGGAUGGGCAUAA